AGGGUGGAGGUUUUCAAGUUUGCGUGUUUAUCUAUUUUUGAAAAUGAAAUCUAUAAAUUGAAAAUAUGUAGAAAUAAAAAUUCUCCGCAAUAACCACGUUUGAACUCAAGUCAAGUACCUGCGGGGAGACAAUUUGUGAAAUUUUUAUAGAAAUUGCUUUAUUAAUAUUGCUUGAAAGUGUACGAAAUGAAUUUGUUGUUGCUGGACUUGCUGUAAGGAAGACAACUCAAUGCAAAAAUUUAUUUGAAACUUAAAUUAUUAAAGUAGUAAAAGAGGGCGCGGUUAUUCUAAAGAAAAAAUGGUAGCUAUUCCGUACUUAUUUAACGAAAUCGAAAGGAUAUUUCGUAACACUCCAUUGUAUGCUAUCACCUUAGAAGCUUUUCUCUUAUUAUCAGUUAUAUGGUUGUUAUUGCACAAACGCAAUGGUCGCAAACAUUUUACGAAAGAAGAGGAAGAAGAACUUAUAGCUAACUACGAGCCGGAACCGUUGGUGCCGCACACUGAUCCAAAUCAUCCACUAUUGCAUGUUCGUCUUGUUCAGUCUAAAGUGGGUAAACGAGUAGUGGUGAACGGUUAUGAUUGUUUAAACUUAGCUUCACAUAACUAUUUGGGUUUGCUGGAAGAUGAAGAGAUUCUGGAAGAUGCUUGCAAGAGUUUACGCAAAUAUGGUGUAGGCUCCUGCGGUCCGCGUGGUUUCUACGGUACCAUGGACGUUCACUUGGAUUUAGAAGACCGUCUUGCAAAAUUUAUGAGAAUGGAGGAAGCAGUAGUCUAUUCAUAUGGGUUUUCAACUGUGGCCAGCGCGAUACCGGCCUAUUCAAAAAGGGGAGAUAUCAUAUUUGUGGAUGCAGCCGUUAAUUUCGCUAUACAGAAAGGCCUUGAUGCGUCGCGCAGUACCAUUUACUUUUACAAACAUAAUGACAUGGCCGACCUGGAGCGAUUACUUAUGCAACAGGAACAAAAAGACCGUAAGAAUCCCAACAAAGCGGCUAAAACGCGCCGUUUCUUGGUGGCCGAGGGAAUUUAUAUGAACACUGGGCAAUUAUGCCCUUUACGUGAGUUGGUGAAGCUGAGAGCUAAAUAUAAGUUACGUUUGUUUUUGGACGAAAGCAUUUCUUUUGGGGUUCUCGGCAAAACUGGCCGCGGAAUUGCUGAACACUUCGAUGUUGAUCUUAUUGAAGUUGAUUUAAUUUCUGCUGGUAUGGAAUGGGCAAUGGGUUCUAUCGGCGGUUUUUGCGUCGGUUCUCAUUUUAUUGUCGAGCAUCAACGUUUAUCUGGCGUAGGUUAUUGCUUCUCAGCCUCCUUACCUCCCAUGCUGGCCCAAGCUGCGAUAUCAGCAUUAAAUCGUUUUGAAAAGGAUCCCCAGAUCUUUGCAGAACUCCAAGAAACGUCCCGCUUACUACAUCAAAUAUUUUCCAAUUUCUCUAAGCUAACCAUAGGAGGCCAUCCACUCUCCCCAGUUAAACAUUUAUAUUUAAACGUUACAUGGGAGCAGAUCGAUGAAGAGCAUAAAAAAUUAAUAGAAAUUUCUGAUAAGUGUAUUGCUCGUGGUAUUGCUGUGAUUGAAGCUUGUUACCUGUACAACAUAGAAAAGCAACCAGUACGUCCCAGUUUACGUGUUACGGCAAACCGUUUGUUAACCUUAGCAGACAUAAAUGAUGCAUUUGAGGUUAUUGAGGACGUAACUAAGGAAUUGUUGAAUUAAUUUGCACUUAAAAAUAUAAGACGAAGCGAUUUUAGUCUAACCUAAAUUAGAUAAGAUGAAAAUUAAUUUUUUUUUUUUUUCAUGUCGAAAGAUAAAGCAACUUUUAUUCCAUCUUUUAAAAUCUCUAAAA